AUGUCCUCCUCGCCCCCAGCCCCAGGCAAGGUCCGCCUGGCCACAAGCUCCCCCUCGACCCAGUCCAACACGGCCGCCACCCUCUCCCAGCUCCGCGGCAUCGCCCGCCGCGCCGCCCGCGACCACGCCGCCGACAUCCUCCUCCUGCCCGAGGCCUACCUGGGCGGGUACCCGCGCGGCUCGGCCUUCGGCUGCGUCAUCGGCGGCCGCAGCGCCGAGGGCAGGGACGAGUACCUGCGGUACUUUGAGCAGGCCGUCGACCUCGGCGACGUGGUCGGCGAGGGCGCCGGCGCCGGGGACGACUGGGUCGCUCGCCGGCUUGAGGCUGUGAACGUCGGUGGUGAUGGGGCGUCGGCGGCCCCCCUGCGCGGGGAUGGUACGAGGGAGGAGCUGGAGAGGAUUGCUGCUGAGACGGGGGUGUUCUUGGUCACGGGGCUUAUUGAGAAGGCGGGUGGUAGCCUCUACUGUGCUGUUGUUUAUGUCUGCCCUAAGAAGGGCGUCAUUGGCAAGAGGAGGAAAGUCAUGCCUACUGGCACUGAGCGCCUGAUAUGGGCCCAGGGGUCACCCAAAACCCUCCGGGCAGUGACCACCGUCAUCCGCGGCGUCAGGGUCAACAUGGCGGCCGCCAUCUGCUGGGAGAGCUACAUGCCGCUGCUCCGCCAGUCCCUGUACGCGCAGAACAUCAACCUGUACCUGGCGCCGACCGCCGACGGGCGGGACGCGUGGGCCUCGCUGAUGCGCACCGUCGGCAUCGAGGGCCGGUGCUUCGUGCUCAGCUCCAACAUGUGCGUCCGCGAGGGCGGUAGCGAGACCCCGGCGGCGAACGGGUCGUCAUCCGCGAUCGCGGACGACGAGAUCCGGGCCGACUCCGAGCCGUACGCGCGCGGGCGCCGCAGCUCGUGCGUCACGGAGGAAGGGUUCGAGAUCGCCCUCCCGACGCACAGCGCCCACGGCACCGGCAAGAAUCCGCAGCGCAGGCGGCCGAGUGUGUUUGACGAGGAUGGAAACGAGAUCGUGCUGUGCGGCGCCGAGGACGGCAAGCCCACCACCGCUGCGAGCAACGGAGCGCAGAGCCCCAAGGCUGUUGGGAAGGAACAGGCUGUCAAGAAGAACGGCGCAGGGGCGAAGUUUAUUUGCCGUGGAGGAUCAUGUAUCACCGAUCCGUUUGGAGAAGUCCUCGCCGGCCCGCAGUGGGAGGACGACACUGGUAUCGUCUACGCGGACGUGGAUUUCAAGGAUUGCAUCAGGGGAAGGCUGGAUUUGGACGCGGGUGGGAGCUACUCGAGGAAUGACUCGUUCAAGUUCUCUGUUGAAGGAUUGAACCUCGCACCACUGCCAUAUUAA